CAGUGACAUCAAUAGAGUAGGAAGAAUCUCUGAACAGCGCAGAGAGGGUGAAGAUGCUCUCUGAUCACUCAAGGCUACAAUGAUUGCAGGUUUCUUCUUGCUGCUGCUACUUGUGGGUGAAAAUGGCUCCAGUUCAGAGCUACAAGAUGAUCAACAGAUGAUCAAUGAAACCACUAUCAGAGAUAAUGAAGUGGAGAAAUUCUGUAAUUUUCAGGCGAUUGUACGCCGCCUGAACCUGCGCAAAGACAGUCUUAAGUACACUAUGAGCCGGCCCAUUAUAAACAACAGCCAUCAUACAGAUGUGUUGCUUGAAAUGAAACUCUAUGCCAUCCUGGAUAUGAGAGAAAUUGACCAGACCUUAAUUUCUUACAUUUGGGUUUAUUUGGAAUGGACAAAUGAGUACAUUAAGUGGGACCCAAAUCAAUUCUGUGGAAUUAAGGAUAUGACAAUUCCUACUGCAUAUUUGUGGAUGCCCGAUAUAACUAUUGUAGAGAUGACAGAGAAGGAUAAAGCGUCUCCGAGUCCUUAUCUCUGUGUCAACCACAAUGGUGUGAUCGAAUACAGGAAUGACCAGGUGGUGGUGAGCACCUGCAAGCUGCACGUGUACAAAUUCCCCUUUGACUUUCAGAAGUGCAACAUAUCCUUCAAGUCUAUUAUGUACUCUGAUGCAGAAAUAAAGUUACAGCCCGACAACAGCAAUAAAACAGUCACAGAGUGGUCUCGUGACUUUAUGCAGACACAGUAUGAGUGGCUCUUUGUCAACAUGUCAGUCACCAACAGAACUGUCAAUGAGUUUGACUUCAAUCAGCUUAUGGUUGUCUACACUAUUACCAUGAAGAGGAGGUCUGUCCUCUACAUUGCUAAUUUCUUGCUGCCAGUCUUCUUCUUCUUGGUUCUGGAUAUGGCCUCCUUCCUUGUAUCAGACAGUGGAGGUGAGAAACUUGGCUUCAAAAUCACUGUGCUGCUUGCUGUCACGGUGAUGCAGCUUCUUCUCAAUGAGAUCUUGCCCAGCUCUUCAAACAGAAUUCCACUUAUAGCUGUCUACUGCAUUGGGGGGUUUUCUCUGAUGCUGCUCAGCCUCUUGGAGACAAUUUUGGUGAUGCAUCUGCUUGACAAAGACUCUGCAGCCCAAGAUAAUGAGACAGAUGGAAUCCAAGACAUAAAGAGAAAUAGUCAUUGUGCCUCAGUCUCUGGGGUAUCUGCUGAGGAAACACCAUCUGUGUCUUUGUCUGUAUCAUCUCUGACCCAAAAGGGUAGCAGCAGUAAACUGACAGAGGUGGCCUUUGCUCUGGAAAAAGUGUCAGAUGAGCUGCGGGAGACUGGGAAAACAGUGACUCUACUCAGCAGCAACAGGAAGUCUGGCUACUGGACAAGAAUGGUUAAAAAAAUCAACAAGUAUUUUGUGAUUUUUUAUUUGACAGCAGUCACUGUGUUCUUGGCAAUCAUGUUUUCAAUGUGGAUCGAUGUUGAAGACUAGCAGGACUAAAGUUUGAAAAACAAUAUUCAAUCAUUAACAUGAAUAUGAUGUAUUAGUCUCUCUUUUAUACCUGUAGUUUCCAUUGGUUACUUGUGGACUUCCUGCUUUGCUAAAAGGUUAAAUUUUAGUUAUAAAGACCAUCACUAAAGUCUCCAUUUGGGUCCCUUUGCAUGAAUUCCAAUAUAUUUGCAUUUUAUUGGGUGAUGAACAUAAGUCCACGUUGAACUGACAUUAAUUCAUUGCUUUUAUUAGUAAAAAAAAGAAAAAAGAAAAAAUGAAAGCCUACGGACAAGCCUACAUAAUAUCAUAUUUGCAUUUUUAAACAUGCUUUUUUCACUUUAAUGUGCUGUCCCAAAGUACUUCUGUUUUUUUUCUCCCAGAUAACUGCAAUUCACAGGGUAUUUUGUCUUUUUUGAACCAUUCUCUCUAAACCAAACAGAUGGCUGUGUGGGAAAAUCCCAGUGGAUUGGCAAAUUCUAAAAUAUGUAUCCAUGUGAAAAUAUAUUGUAGAAGAAAAUUUAAUUUAAGGGAUUAUUAAUUUUUUCAGUCACAAUUGUUAAAAUUAUACAACCAUAUGUAAUUGACAUAAUUAUACAUUUCAGUCCUAACAGAGUUGUAGUUUGUCUAUAGUAAUUAUAGGCAUUUUCACACUGGCUUUUGUUGUUGUUGUUUGUAAAAAAAAAUUGAUCACGUAAACAAUAUACAAAGUUCAUUUGGCAAAGAAAAGAAGAAAAAAUGCUACACAAAAUAAAGCUAAUACAUUUCAAUAUUGCUUUAACUGUUCUGAUUCAGUUACAUAUUGAAAAGGAGUGAGAAGAAGUACACAGUUAUUUAAUCCCACAGCUUUGCCAUUUAGUUAGCCUUCUUACUGGUUGUCUUCAAAUCACAAAUACUACUACUAAUAAUAGUAAUAAUAUGCUUUUAUUCCAUUUGUUUCUUUCCCGCUUAUCCUAUUAAAGGUUGCUGGAGCCAAACCUAUAUCCCUGCUUAGUGAUCGAAAAGAAAGUAUUUUUACUAUCAAAUUCUGGUCCAUAAGUCUUCAUUAAUAGGGGUUUUUGACCAACAAAGAUCAUGCAAAAACUGACAACGA